CUCUAUUUAAAAGAACCCACCGACUGGGUAUAGCUCAUUGUCUUUGCAUCAUUACACCUGAUCAACUGCUGAAAUUGACUGACUCAAAGAACUGACCACAAAGAUGAUGAUGAAGACUGUAAUCUUUCUGGGCUGCCUCCUGGGCCUGUCAUUGGCUCUUCCUGCUGAAGUGGAUCACUUGAGAGUUGCACGUUCCAGCUCUGACUCCAACUCUAACUCAAACUCCAAGGAGGCUGGUGGUUCCUUCCUGCCCUCCCUGCCAAAGUUGAAUUCAAAUCAGCUACUUCAACUGCUACUUAAACUGUUUGCUGCCUCUGCCCCAGCACCAGCCCCUGCCCCAGCUCCUGCACCUUCCCCUGCUCCUGCCCCUGCUCCUGCCCCAGCCCCUGCCCCUGCUCCUGCCCCAGCUCCUGCCCCUGCCCCUGCCCCAGCCCCUGCACCAGCCCCUGCCCCAGCCCCUGCUCCAGCCCCAUCCCCUACUCCUGCCCCAGCCCCUGCACCAGCUGGACGUUAA